AUGCAAUCGACAAGACAGAACACAACAAACCUUAAGAUCAUUGAAUUUCUUAUCAAACGGAUCAAACAACUUGAGCUUAAACAAGAAGCUUUUACGAAGAACACACUUGAGUGUUUGAUAGAAGAGAAUUUUGGUGAACCUGUGCAAUUGACUGCACAAGACUUGGAUGUUCUUGGAUUUGUCGAACAAAAGAUCCUCUUUACCAAAAAAGACGGAUUUACCCCGCAACAACUCGUCCAAGAGCGGUCUCGCCUGAAUGAGCAACUCAGAAAAGUGCCCAAGGAGCUUCAUUUUUUCAUUGAAGAGUUGGGCAUCCAAAUCAAUUCAGAGUUGAACAAAAUACGCAUUUUGAAAAGCAAAGACCCAAAUAAACAAUUCAAGACUUUGGGACCAUCACUUAAACUUUCUGAUUGCAUUGUCUGCUAUAAUCAGAACAAGACCUUACCCAUAUUCAUCAAAAAUCCCGAGUCUAUCAGUGAUAACCCAGCAAGCAAAAAGGUCUUUCCUAGAAAAUCAAACACAACUUUCCAGGAGUACUUCACCAGUAAGGAUUUCCAAAAUUGGAUGACAAAAGUAGUUCGACCGUACAUUGACACUGUUAAGAAGAGUUAUAACUUACAAAAUAAAAAGGCUAUAAUUGUCAUGCCGCAGGAGCUUUCAAGCAAUUUAGACGGUCUCGACUUCACUCCGGAUUUUUUUUGUUUUUUGAAAUAUGGAACUUCGAAACAACUUAAUAUGGCUACGAUGAAAAUUUUCGAAGCAAAAGAGCGACUGCUUAACGAUUUUAAUUCCGUUGAAUUGAGCAGAGAUGAUCAAAAAUUGGCGCGGGAUUUGAAAAACAAACAUGCUUUACUUUUCGAAUAUAUUAAUAUGAAUAAUGUAGUGGAUAAUACGUAUGGAGAAGAGAAUUUGUGGAAGAGUUUUAUAGAUGAAUUAAAUAAAAACUCUGAAGAGAAUAAGACACUAAUGACACCUCUGACGUUGAAUACAUUUUUAAAGCGAAAUGGAGAGAAUAGAAGCUUGAAAGAAAUCAACCAAAUGUUUGUCGACAACGACUGCAAGGAAACCCCCGUCAAGUUGAUGGGAGAACGCAUCGUAAUUCAAGACAGCGAGAUCGAAAAACUCUGUCAAGCAUUCAAAAAUUACAAAGGAACACCACCAAGCAACAUUUUCAUUUUUGAUAUCUUCGACUAUCGUAUGAAAGCGUGUGGGGAACAUGACGGAUAUGUGAGAAAGGAGAGUGAAAACGUCAACUAUAUCGUAAGGCGAGAGAGCAUCGCUUCAAAUAUCGCGAUUUGUGUCAAUGGAAGCGGCAACACAAUUAAUUUGAUGGUAAAAACGACGGCAAAAGAGUUUGCUGCCCUUAAAAAGAAGUUUGCGACUAAUACAAACGUGUUUAUUAAAGCGGGAGAUAACAACUGGAUUGAAGACUGUGAUGUCGGACAUUGGUUCACAAACGUGUUCUACAAAACAAUAGAAGAACAACGGAAUAAGAAGAUAAUCACAGGGAAGGUACUAUUGAUCAUCCCCGAGUUCUUCCAAACAGAGAUGAAGAAACACACCAAAACUAUGAGUUUGUUAAAUAGAGAUAUCCAGUUUGUCCCGAUAAAAGACUCUCUCUUUGGAAUUACACCACUUGGUCGUCUUGAAACGGAUGUAAUGAGUGAAAUAGUGUUGGAAAAUUAUAACUUAAUAUGUGAAGAAAGCCCAUUACAACAAAACGAGUGGAUCUAUCAAAUAUGCACCAUUUUACUUGAGUAUUUGUGCCGCGACUAUCGAAUCAUCAACGCGUUCUUCGAUUCGUGUUUUGACGACCGGUUAGUUAAUAUGGAUGUUAAAAAUCUCUCUUUAGAAGCACAAUGGGUCGUUGAUUUAUACGAAGAAAUUAUAUAUGUGAAAUUGCCUCAAAACGCAUCACUUGAAAAUCCACCACUUCAGACUUUUGUGGUUCAAAAAAUCAAUCCAAUGUUUCAAAAAGCUAUGAGGACUUUCAUUUGUAGUGAUUAUUUCGGUCAAGCCCGUUCUUUAGAUGAGCAAAACAUUAUGUUCAAAAAUAAGUUUCCGUGGGUUACAGAGGACAUCUCAGUACUAAAUUAUAUCAAAAAAGAGGACGUGUCUGAAAAGCAUUCCCUUGAUGAUUGA